AUGCAAGCUCAAGUCAGUCGAGUUGCGGAGACAAAAAAACGGGCGCGCGGGCGGUCUGCGAACUCCGAUCGAUCGCUGCGGCGACUAUCGAACAUAAACAAACCCACUUCCAAUCUCUCCCAUUGCAUUGCUCCUCCGUUGCUGUACGCUUCGUCCGAUAUCACCAUGCCUGAGACGAAAGACAAGUCCAAGGUUCACAAGCUGUCCAUCAGAGGAUCGGCCAAGCUUGUGUCUGAAUUCUUUGAAUACUCGAUCAACUCGAUCCUUUUCCAGCGAGGGGUUUACCCCCCAGAAGAUUUUACAACCGUCAAGAAAUAUGGCCUCAAUAUGCUCGUGUCCGCCGAUGACCAGGUGAAGGCGUAUAUCAAGAAGAUCAUGUCGCAAUUGAACAAGUGGAUGUCGGGUGGAAAGAUAUCCAAGCUCGUCGUCGUCAUCACCGACAAGGAAACCGGCGAGCACGUGGAGCGAUGGCAGUUUGAUGUCGAAAUCUUCAAAAGCUCAAAGAGCUCAAGCUCCCGGAAAACAACAGAUAAAGAGAACUCGACUCCUGGGGAUGCGGAAGCUCAGCCUGCUGAGCCAGUCGAGAAAACGGAGAAGGAGAUUCAAGAAGAGAUUCAAGCAAUCUUCCGUCAGAUCACCGCUUCGGUCACCUUCCUUCCGGUCCUAGAUGGAGACUGCACCUUCAAUGUUCUUGUCUACGCCGAUGCGGAUUCGGAGGUACCUGUGGAAUGGGGUGACAGUGAUGCCAAGGAGAUCAAGAAUGCCGAAAAGGUGCAGUUGCGAAGCUUCAGCACAAACAAUCACCGAGUGGGCACUCUUGUCAGCUACCGACUGGCGGAUUAA